AUGCAUAGCGUAUUAUCUUUAAAUUAGAAAGAUCAUAAUCUCACUUAACUGAUUCAAACUAGCAAUGAAUUAGAAAAUGUUUCUCAUAUUCAAAAAGUAUUUCCUUUUUCUACAGAUAUUAUCGUUGGAAUUGCUUUAUUUACAUCCAUAUUAUCCCUUUGCUCAUAUUUAAAUCUUCCUGCUCUUCCUAUUUCCUACGAUUAUGUCCUUAGUAACUGGAAUAGCUCGCCUAUUAUUUCAAUAUUUCAGUAGAAUAAUUGUGAUGAGCAGUUGAUUAAUUUUUAAUUUGAAGGCACUUACCAAGGGUGUGAUUGCACAAGCUCUUCACUGUCGUCCGAUUUAAGAAUAAUCCAGAUAGGCAGCUGUUCAUAAUAAUAACUAUCUUCAGGAUGCUAGCAAGUAGCUUCAGUGCAACCUAAAAUAUUAUCAUCUAUGAAGGUUAAUAAUAUAGCAUACAAUCUAUGUGUAAAGAGAAUACCUAAUUAUACUUAUCAAUAAUCUGAUUGCACUAAAUCAAAUUAGCUUAUAAAUAUAUGUGGAGAUACUUCAACAGAAGAAAGUUCAUUAUAUGCCCUUUGCAUCCCAUCAGGCUAUAGUUGUCCUAUUAAUUCUAUAGCUACAUCUUAAUUGGAUACUUCAUUCACAUAAAUAAAUAACUCUCCCCUUUUUUCAACUUCUAACUCAUAUACUUAAACUCAUUUUAUAUCUGCUUUGGUUUCACUUGGAAAUGGAGUUUCAAAUCAAAGUGUGAUGCUAGUGACUUAGAUAGCCGAUUCUAAAAUAUUUUAUCAAUGGGUGAAGAUGAUUUUAUGA